AUGUCGCACCGAAAGUUUUCGGCGCCUAGACACGGUCACAUGGGAUUCACUCCCAAAAAGCGCUCCAGAACUUACCGCGGAAGAGUAAGAUCCUUCCCCAAGGAUGACGCUUCCAAGCCAAUCCACCUUACCGCUUUCCUCGGAUACAAGGCUGGUAUGACCCACAUCGUCCGUGAAGUCGACAAGCCAGGUUCCAAGGUCAACAAGAAGGAAGUCGUUGAAGCCGUAACCAUCAUCGAAACUCCACCAAUGGUCAUCAUCGGAGUUGUCGGAUACAUCGACACCCCACGCGGACCACGUGCCUUCAAGUCUGUCUUCUCUGAGCACAUCUCUGACGACUGCAGACGUCGCUUCUACAAGAACUGGGGUAAAUCCAAGAAGAAGGCUUUCACCAAGUAUGCCAAGAAAUGGCAAGACGAGGAUGGAAAGAAGUCUAUCGAAUCUGAUUUGAACAAGAUGAAGAAGUACUGUACCGUCAUCAGAAUCAUCGCCCACACUCAGAUGUCUAUCCUUAAGCGCAGACAGAAAAAGGCUCACAUGAUGGAAAUCCAAGUCAACGGAGGAACCGUCGAGCAAAAGGUUGAAUGGGCUCGUGAACACUUCGAGAAGCAAAUCCCAAUCGACAACGUCUUCGCUCAAGAUGAAAUGAUCGACACCAUCGGUGUAACCAAGGGUCACGGAUUCAAGGGAGUAACCAGCAGAUGGCACACCAAGAAGCUUCCUCGCAAGACUCACAAGGGUCUCCGCAAGGUCGCUUGUAUUGGAGCUUGGCAUCCAUCUCGUGUUGCCUUCACCGUUGCUCGUGCCGGUCAAAAGGGUUAUCACCACAGAACUGUCACCAACAAGAAGGUUUACCGUAUUGGACGUUCCUGCAACACCCCAGAAGGAAAGAACAACGGUUCCACUGAAGCCGAUAUCACCAACAAGACCAUCAACCCAAUGGGAGGAUUCCCACGUUACGGAGUUGUCAACCAAGACUUCAUCAUGCUCCGUGGAUCAGUCAUUGGUCCAAAGAAGAGACUUAUCACCCUCCGUAAAUCUCUCAUCCCAUCAUCCAAGAGAUUCGCUCACGAGAAGAUCAACCUUAAAUGGAUCGAUACCAGCUCCAAGACUGGACAUGGUCGCUUCCAAACCUCUGCUGAAAAGGCUGCCUUCAUGGGAAAACUCAAGAAGGACUUCCUUGCUGAGGCUAAGGCUUAA